CUCAGCCCAUUUCGACUCAAAUCGAGGAGCGGAAAGCGAACCGCCUCUCCGGUCAAAUUCAGUACCAGUUUGCUCUUCGUGCCCAGCACAUCGAAUAUUUGUGAAGACGGUAUUCAACGACGACGACGACAACAACAAAUUGUCUUUUUUCGCGAACGAAUAGAAAAAAGUGGCAAAGAAUUUGUUUACUAGUGUGAAAGCGUGUGAGUGCAACAACAGGGAAAAGUGAAAACAACACAAAUACAGCAGCAAAAGUAUCUAACGGUUUACAGGCGCCGCAAAGUAUUCCCCAUCUACGUAUCCUUCCAGUGGAUUAAAAAAGGAUUCUAGAGCCGACUUGUGUGGCUCGCUGGAAAUCAUUGCCUAAGAAAUUCUAGAGCUCUUUGGAACCUUCUUCUCCAAACUGCCGCUGGCGUAGUCCGUAGAAUCCGAAGCCAAGAUGCCGGCGGAAAUUAAGCCAUCCGCGCCCGCUGAGCCGGAAACGCCGACCAAGAGCAAAUCCAAGUCGAACUCCUCCUCGUUCUCGAAGGCUGCUCUGGCCAGAGUCACCCUGCUGGAUGGCUCCCUUCUGGACGUGUCCAUUGAUCGCAAAGCCACUGGUCGUGACUUGAUCAACUCCAUCUGUGCCGGCCUGAACCUCAUCGAGAAGGACUACUUUGGCCUGACCUACGAGACGCCCACAGAUCCGCGCACCUGGCUGGAUCUGGAGAAGCCGGUGGCCAAGUUCUUCCGCACGGACACCUGGCCGCUGAACUUCGCCGUCAAGUUCUAUCCGCCGGAGCCGUCGCAGCUCAAGGAGGACAUCACGCGGUAUCAUUUGUGCCUUCAGGUGCGCAAUGACAUCCUUGAGGGCCGUUUGCCCUGCACGUUUGUCACCCACGCUCUGUUGGGAUCCUACUUGGUGCAAUCGGAAAUGGGUGACUACGAUGUGGAGGAUAUGCCCACUAGGGCUUACCUAAAGGACUUCAAGAUCGCUCCAAACCAGACGACUGAGUUGGAGGACAAGGUCAUGGAUCUGCACAAGACCCACAAGGGCCAAUCCCCCGCUGAGGCUGAGCUACACUAUCUGGAGAAUGCCAAAAAGCUGGCCAUGUACGGCGUGGACUUGCAUCCUGCUAAGGAUUCCGAGGGCGUGGACAUCAUGCUAGGAGUUUGUGCCUCCGGCUUGCUUGUCUACCGCGAUAAGUUGCGCAUCAACCGCUUUGCCUGGCCGAAGAUCCUGAAGAUCUCGUACAAACGCCACCACUUCUACAUCAAGAUUCGUCCUGGUGAAUUCGAGCAGUACGAGUCCACCAUUGGCUUCAAGUUGGCCAACCAUCGUGCAGCCAAGAAGCUGUGGAAGUCCUGCGUGGAGCACCACACCUUCUUCCGGCUGAUGACCCCCGAACCGGUCAGCAAGUCGAGGGUGUUCCCCACCUUCGGAUCCAAGUACCGUUACAAGGGUCGCACUCAGGCGGAGAGCACCUCUACUCCCGUGGAUCGCACUCCUCCCAAGUUCGACAGGACUCUCUCUGGUGCUCGUCUCACUUCUCGAAGCAUGGAUGCCUUGGCCCUGGCCGAAAAGGAGAAGGUGGCCCGGAAGAGCAGCACUCUGGAUCACCGCGGAGACCGAAGUGCUGAUGGCGAUGCCCACAGCCGCAGUCCCAUCAAGAACAAGAAGGACAAGAACCCGAACGAGCUGUACCUUGAUCUGAUGGAUGCGGAGAAGGAAGCCAAGUUGCGCGAGAAGAAACAGAAGGAAAAGGAGGAAAAGGAGCGCAAGGAGAGGGAGAAGCGCGAAUUGGAGGAGAAGAAGAAGGCCGAAAAGGCGGCCAAGGCAGCACUUGCUGCAGGAGCCGCUGCAGGAUCGGCUGUUAAUGGAAACGAUGAUCUUAACGACUCCAACAAAUCGGACAAGUCCUCCGGCAGACGUGGCGUUGGCAUAUUCUCCUCAGGUCGCAAGAGCAAGAGCGGUUCUCCGUCCAAGGACGGCAAGGAUAAGUCCGGAAAGGAAAAGUCCGGCAAGGACAAGGACAAGGAGGUGGGUCGUCUUGGUCUGGUCGUCACUUCGGGUCUGGGCGAUGGUGUUGAGGAUGAACACCUAGAUGAAGCAGCCAGAAAUGCUGCCAAGAACCGAGGAUCCACCACACCAGGAGUCACCAGGCAGUAUGAGUAUGCCGUCGAUGAGGAUGGCAAUGCCAGUCCCACAAGGAAGUCUUACACGCCAGGUGGCUUCCGCUACGAUCAGGAUCCCAACUCGAGGAAGUCCGGUGCCGAUGGACAGGAGCAGCUGUCUCCCACAUCGCAGCAAAAGAAGAUUGGCCUGGCCUUCAACUAUGCUCCUGGCAAUGAGAAUGCUCUGAAGGAAACUGCCGAGAAACUGAAGGCAGGACAGCUGUCGCCUCGCACCAAGGAUAAACUCAAUCGCGGCCAACUUUCGCCCAAGUCGAGGGCCAAGCUCCUCCAGGAUCCCCUGCUUUCGCCAACCACUCGUGCUAAACUCCAGGGAAGUGCUGUGGAUGCUGCUGCCGUUCCUCUAAGCGAUUCCCAAAAGAGAUCCUACUCGCCAACCAAGGGACCCCAGGGUUACUCCUCUGGAGCUCCGGGAAGCUACAAGCCCAUCACAGAUCCCACGGCUGACUUCCUGGAAUCGCAGCGUUACAACAGGGAGCCUGGUUAUGUUGGUCCUGCAAAGCCUACUGUGGCUGCUGGAGUUGCUGCUGCUGCUGGAGCUGCUGGUUCCAAGAAGCCUGGUUCUCCCACCAAAUCCGGAUCGGGAGCUCCCGGAGCAGCUGGUGCUGCAGCAGGAGCAGCAGCAGGAUCCGCAGCAGCAGCAGCGGCAGCCAAGCCGAAGAAGAGGCGUGUCAAGAUCAUGGUCAUCACCUCCAAGUUCGAUCCCUCGACCAAGCGCAUCGAUGCGGAGAACGGCAGCAUUGAGCACUCCACUGGCAUCCUGGAUCCCGCCAGCGGAUUGAUUGACACCAAGUACGGUGUGAUUGAUGCCAAGAAGGGAACCCUGGAGGCCCUGAACACCAAGACCGGUAAGAAGGAGGUCUUCCAGGGCGACAUUGAUCCCAAAACGGGCAAUCUCCACUUGGUUUCUGGAGUGGCGGAUCCGAAGACGGGACGGCUGGAUGAUUCGCUUGGUCAGAUCGUUUGCAUCACCCCACAGGAUAAUCCCGUAGUGGAACUAACAGUGAUCACCAGUCGCAUUGAUCCCGCAACAGGAAAGAUUGAUACGGUUAAUGGGGAUGUGGAGCGAUCGCUGGGCGUCCUGAAUUUGGACACCGGACUCCUGGACACCAAGUACGGAGAGAUCAACACCCGCACCGGCGAACUGAAGGCAAUUGAUCCCAAGUCUGGAAAAAUUGUGGUUAGCAAGAAUGUGAAGGUGGAUCCUGGCACUGGACAGAUUACCAUUCUGGGUGUGGUGGAUCCCAAGACGAAUAAGAUCGAUCCGAACCAGGGUCGCCUCAUCGAGGUGGGCCAGCAGAUUGAUCCCAUUGUGGAGGUCACCUCGCUGGCGGGCAAGUUCGACUCCAAGAGGAACAUCAUCGAUCCCAAGACGGCGCAGGUGGAAACCUCUGGAGGUCAGUUCGACCCGAAGGCCGGCAAGAUCGAUACCAAGUACGGACAGAUUGAUCUCGUCAAGCACACGAUCACCUUCAAUGACCCUAAAUCGGGCAAGACGGUGACCAGGGACAUCAAGAUUGAACCCGCCACCGGACAGAUUGUGCUGAAGAACCAGGUGAAUCCGAAGAACAACAAACCAGACAAGGACUAUGCCAGGAUCAUCUCCCUGCGAAUCGUGCAACAGCGUGUGGACCCUGCCACCAAGGCGCCCAUCAGCCAAGUCAGUGCCUCCAAGGACAAGGACAUUGUGGUGGACCCGAAGUCCAACCAGAUUUGGGUGCCCACCGGAGCCACCGAUCCAGCCACCAAGGAGCAGCAGUACAUUUCCAGCAGUGUGGAUCCAAAAACGGGAUACGUCAUCACCAUCUAUGGCUACCUGGAUCCCAAGACCAACGAGAUCAAGAAGCAGACCAAGCUCGACCCGAACACAAUCAAGAUCGAACCCACCUCCGGAAAGAUAUACACCGCCACCGGGGAGGUGGAUCCCGCAUCCGGGGAGCCGCUGUACGCGGCCACCCAGGUGGAUCCCGAAUCGGGCGAGGUGUACACCAAGUUGGCCCGUGUCGAUCCCAAAACGGGCAAGAUCGUGAUCGUGCGCAUCCUGCUCAUCUCGAAGACGGACGAGCGCGGUCGUCCGGAGGAGAUCGAUCCCUCCACCUGCGAAAUCGAUCCCGUCUCCGGCCGUGUUCUUAAGUUCUUCAAUAAGACCGUUUAUGUUUACAAUAUGAUUGAUCCUGUCACCGGUGAAAUCGUGCAGGUGGACCCCAACGAUCCCCGUUUCGCUGGCGCCCGCACCACGGUGACCCACACGAUGACGCUGACUGGAGAGAUUGAUCCCGUGACCGGAAGGAUUAAGAGCGAGUACGGAGACAUCGAUCCAAAUACGGGUGACAUCGAUCCGGCCACCGCUGUCACGGAUCCUGUGACUGGAAAACUGAUCCUCAACUACGCCCAGAUUGAUCCCUCGCACUUUGGAAAGCAGGCACAGGUGCAGACCACCACGGAAACGGUGCCCAUCACCCGACAGCAGUUCUUCGAUGGGGUUAAGCACAUAGGCAAGGGCGCUCUGAGACGCGAUUCCGAGGGCAGUUCCGAGGACGACAUGACCGGCCAAUAUGCCACCGAUCCGGCCAAGGACAUCGUGAUCAAUAGCUCGGCGGCGGCGGCUGGAAAGUUGGGCAAGCCGGUGAGCACGCCCACGGUGGUGAAGACCACCACCAAACAGGUGCUGACCAAGAACAACGAUGGCGUGACCCACAACGUGGAGGAGGAGGUGCGCAACCUGGGCACGGGCGAGGUCACCUACUCCACGCAGGAACACAAGGCUGAUGCUACACCCACCGACCUGAGUGGCGCCUAUGUCACGGCCACUGCUGUCACCACCCGCACCGCCACCACGCACGAGGAUCUGGGCAAGAACGCCAAGACGGAGCAGCUGGAGGAGAAGACGGUGGCCACCACCCGCACCCACGAUCCCAACAAGCAGCAGCAGCGUGUCGUCACCCAGGAGGUGAAGACCACGGCGACGGUGACGAGUGGCGAUCAGUAUCAGAGAAGGGACAGCGUUUCCUCGACCAGUUCCGGUGAUUCGGGCACGCCCAUCGAUGGACCCUACGAUGGUGCCAGUGUGGUGCGCACAUCAGACAACCAGAAAUCUCCGCUGUAUACGACCUCCGCAACCACUGGACCCCAUGUGGAGAGCACCCGCGUGGUUCUGGGUGAGGACACACCCGGCUACUCCGGACACGGCGAAAUCAUCUCCACCCAAACCGUGAGCAGCAAAACCCGCACUGUGGAAACCAUUACCUACAAAACUGAACGCGAUGGCAUUGUGGAGACUCGUGUGGAGCAGAAGAUAACCAUUCAAUCCGAUGGAGAUCCAAUCGAUCAUGACAAAGCUUUGGCCGAGGCAAUACAAGAAGCGACGGCCAUGAAUCCGGACAUGACAGUCGAGAAGAUUGAAAUUCAGCAGCAAACGCAGUAGAUUUUACAACUAUUUCUAAACACUUCAGAGGAUUUUCUAAGUAAACUAGCACACACACUCACAUACACACACCCACACAUGAACACCAGCCCACGCAUAAGAAGCACUUGCAGUACACCUUUUUUACAAGCUAUAUCUAAAUAUAUAAUAUAUAUACGACCUCGAGCUGAUGACCCACAUGACAUAACAAUAAGAAAAAAAAAGAUAAAGAGAGAUCAAUUCCCAAUUAUCCAAGUUACCACUACCGUCUACGAGAAAAUGCAUCCACAUGUUUAUUAUUUUUAUUACAACUGUUGUUUAUAAUUACUUUUUAUUACGUAUAUUAUAUAUUGAAUGUGCAAGGCAACGUUGAAAUGAAAAACUCUAUAUAUUGUAAACCACGAUUGCAUUCAAAUACAAGAAUAAAACCUAAAUGUACACACAAAAA